CAACCGUCGUCACCACUACUACUCCGGCUACCGGACGCGGGCGCCGUGCUGGGGGCGGCCCUGCCUUGCCUCUUGUGUGUGCCCAGCCCAGCCGGCCAUGCCAUGCCAUGCUCUCAGCGUGGCUCACCAUGGCCUUUCCCACUGGCGCGCCGUGAAGCUUGUGCUGCUGUGUGCGGUGUUGCGCGCCGCCCCCCUCCCCUUCGAACAGCCGUGCAGAGCUGUGCCCGUCUCGAGAGGAUGUCGAGGGGACCCUCCCGCGGGCAGUGCGGCCGACGUCUGCCCAGUACACUACGUAACGGCCGCCGUAGCCUUUGUCGCAGGAUGUGGGUUCCUUACGUAUCGCCGUCUUGAAGUCUGUUGCGCCCGUGCGUGCUGUGUGGCCCAUGGUGUAUACCAGUGUAUAUCCCAUCCCCCUCCCCCGACGCCGCCGCACCUCCUCUUCACUGCCGAGAAGUUGAUCGGAUGUCUCUCGUCUGAUCUGCGCCUGUGCUGCCGCUCUUCACGACACAUCAUCGACAUCAGUGGCUAUUCCGCCGAGACCAAGGACACAAAGGACGAAAACAAGGGCAGAUUGAGCCCGCCUUCCCUGUACGUGCUCGGCGAUAUCCAUUGGGCGCGUCCAGACUCAGCUUCCCGUGCCGUUGCGCUGUCGUCGCAAGUGGUCGGCGGUUGCGCCUGCCGUUUUGAUCUUGCAGUUGCUUACACCGGGAAAGAGCAGACACUCACCCGAUCAGAGUAGCUCCUGCAGCUUCGCCUGUCUCCAGAGAAUCCUGAAAGCCCCUAAGAUUCUCCCAUGAUGUGAGUGUCAUGCUGUCGCACCCCUCGACAUCACCUCUGUCCCCUUGCCCGCCCGCCAUGUCCCGGUCGUCCGGCUUCGACGGUGCCUUCUCGCAGUACUUGCAGGGCCACCGGCGCUACAACAGUAGCACCGCAGCCGGCACGGAAUCCAGCGUCGCUAACUCGCCGCCUGCGUGCAGGAACCGCGCACUCUCCAUCCGCUCCGGCGGCAAGUCCAAGAGCUCCGGCUCCGGCGGCUCCGGUGGCCGCACCGCCUUCUCCUUCAGCUCCCUGCGCGGCCAGGUCCAGCCUGAGCUGUCGCGCCGCCUCUUCCGCCUCAUCAAGUCGGAGAACAACCUCAUCUCGGCCCACGAGACGGCCGGCCGCGAGCGCAUCUCCAUCGCCCAGCAGCUCUCCGAGUGGGGCGAACAGACGGGCGACGAUGGCAUCAGCGACAUUUCGGACAAGGUCGGCGUCAUCCUCAGCGAGAUGGGCGAGCAGGAGGACACGUACGCCCACGCCCUUGACGAGUCGCGCGGCCGCCUCAAGUCCAUCCGCAACACGGAGAAGAGCGUCCAGCCCAGUCGCGACGGCAAGGCCAAGAUCGCCGACGAGAUUGGCAGGCUCAAGUUGAAGGAGCCCGAGAGCGCCAGGCUCGUCGUCCUAGAGCAGGAGCUCGUUAGAGCCGAGGCCGAGAACCUCGUCGCUGAAGCCCAGCUGACCAAUGUGACCCGCCAGAAGCUCAAGGAAGCGUACGAGGCCGAGUUCGCCGCCACCAUUGAGCGUGCCGAGAAGCAAAUCAUCCUGGCCAAGCACGGCCGCCGCCUCCUCGCCAUGCUCGACGACACGCCCGUCGUGCCCGGCGACGACCGCGAGCCGUACGCCUACGGACAGCAGGCUCGUCAGGUGCUUAACGAUUGCGAAGACGACCUCCGGGAAUGGCAGCCAGAACAGGAGGGGUACACGCUCGAGGAGCAAGGCCCCACCCAGAGUAAGGAGAAGGCGAUUGAUGAUGGGGCGGGAGUCAAGAGCGAAGACGCCGCCGCGAGUGAGAUUGAGCUGCACAAGGGCACGUCGAUUACCGCAGCGUGAGACGCUGUUGGUUUAUCGUGUCCUGUAGGAUCGAGAGCAGGAGUGGAAGGUCAUGUAUUGGUUGUGGCGCGACAGUCGUUGAAGAUGCCUCGUUUAAUGCUUGUUGGGGCUGGGUGUUCCUGCCUACCUGGUACCUAUGCAGGGUAGUUGCGGUGUAUUCGUAU